CUGUAAAAUAGACGUACUAGUGUGUAGUUUAAUCUGCUGUAAUCCUAGCCUGCAUGAUUGUCCACAUCCUCUUAAAUCCACGAUGUAUGUUACUGACCCUGUCUAGCAUCUUUUUAUCUCUGUAUUUUUGGUCUUUGGCGUCCUGUUUGGCACAAAUACCGGAUGAUCGGUCGGAGUGGGGUUUGAGGCCGCCGAAUGCUUGUUGGCAUUUUCUUUACUGAAAGGAAGCAUGUAGUUUAAGAGCUUUUGCUACAUGGCAGGAGAACAGCAACCUGUUAAGAAGGCCAGGAAGCACCAUUGCAGUCGCAACCCCGUACUGGCCCGGGGUAUUGGGAAGUAUUCCCGUUCUGCCAUGUAUGCUAGGAAGGCCCUUUAUAAGCGCAAGUUCAAGGCUCCACAGACAAAGAUUGAAAAGAAAAAGCAAAAGGCUCUAGUAACUGUAACCAAGACAGUUGGUGGAGAUAAGAAUGGUGGGACCCGUGUGGUGAAGUUGCGUAAGAUGCCCCGUUAUUACCCUACUGAAGAUGUUCCACGCAAAUUGUUGAGUCAUGGAAAGAAGCCUUUCAGCCAGCACAAACGCAAGCUGCGGUCUUCAAUCACUCCUGGAACAGUUUUGAUUCUUCUUAAUGGACGCCACAGGGGAAAGCGCGUUGUCUUCUUGAAACAACUUCAAACUGGCCUUCUGCUUGUAACAGGACCCUUGGCUAUAAACAGGGUUCCUCUAAGGAGGGCUCACCAAAAGUUUGCCAUUGCCACCUCUACUAAGAUCGAUAUCUCAAGUGUCAAGAUUCCCAAGCAUCUGACAGACUCCUACUUUAAGAAGAAGAAGCUGCGCAAACCUAAGCAUCAGGAGGGUGAGAUCUUUGACACUGAGAAAGAGAAAUAUGCAGUUACACAACAGCGCAAAGCAGAUCAGAAAUUUGUGGACUCUCAGCUCCUGCCUCUUCUCAAAAAAGAGCCUCAGCUUCGUGGGUACUUGCGUUCUGCAUUCUUCCUGUCAAAUGGGAUGUACCCUCAUAAACUGGUCUUUUAAAAAGUGGGCUUAUUAAAAAGUAUCUUGUGAGAAAACAAA